AUGGAGUCGGCGACCCUCAAGGAUAUCAAAGACGACAUGGAGAGGCGUGGGUUUCGACCAGCCGACCCCAUCAACUUGGCGUCCAUGCCGUGGCCCGACGAGUUUACUCUCCCUGCCGACCUGGUUCUGCCCCACGGAAAUUCCGUAGUGUUCUUUCUCGACGUUCCACAGCUGCUGCCCCCCCUUUCUACCCUCGUUUGCGAUGGGAAUGUCAAACGUCUGCAAGCGGCCAGCUCGCGAAAACUUGGCUCGACCAAGCCCAAUGGCGUCCUCGUCACGUCCACGUUGCGAGACCCGCCACACCUGUACUUCAUAAUUGAAUACAAGUGGGCCACAGCUCCCGACGAGAGCCGCGACGCGACACUGGCUGUGCUCCGCCGCGAGGGCGCCUAUCAGAUCCUGUGGUAUCUUCACGUCUGCGGCUCGUCGGAACGGUUUCGCCGACAGCAAGGUGCCGCUCUUGUCAACGACCGUGUCCUCCCUGUCGCCCGCCUCAUGGAUGGCACCCUGCUCUUACAAGGGCCCGAGACUACGCCGGUGCAAGGUACGGAAUAUACGGUCGACGCGCUCGACAGCGAUGCCACCUUCUGGGACGAAGGGUUUGGCUCCAAGCUGUGCCAGAAAGACACCAUGGCGUCCUUCCUCGCCUGUGUUCAAGCGGCCGUGUACCACGCCGCAGUCGACAACCCCGCGGCCAACACACCAGUGGACGCUACCCGCCCUCCACCUCCCCCACGCCCACGGAACCCCGUAAUCCUGCGAGGGUCUGACGAUGCUAUGGCAUCUGUCAUGGAGAAGAAGAUCGAAGCGGCCUCGGAGCUGAAGCGUCUCCGCAACAUCUCAAGGCGCCCAACGACGAACGUGCAACAGGGCGAGGACGAUGGCGAGGGCGGCGAUGGAGCAGCUCCGGGAGACGGCGCCGACGAUCACGACGACGGCGCCGAGGCGUCCACGUCUGGCGACGCCGGACAUGUGUCUGGCGGCCUGGACGACGGACAUGCCGCCGAUGAGGAGAUCGAGGGUAGGUCUAUACGCACAACCAUGUGGGCUGACAUUUCAGAGCUGGAACUGCCGUUCGCUUGGUUCCGGAACCGUCUCCGCGAGGAGGGUGUCACUCUGAGGGUGUACCCUCCAUCCGUUAUGCAGAAGAUCGGGAUGCACGCCUCCAACAUCGACGACCUCGCGCAACUGGCCGAGCUGGUGGCCAGCACCAAUCCGUCACCCUAG